AUGUUGAAAGAAGGUGCUGACGCCGCCAAAGAGCAUUUAGUCGCCCUUCAUGAAACGGCUGUCACGCACCUGAAGAAGGUUGAUCCAGUAGUGCUCGUGAUCGGUACCAUCGCCGGGACAAUUGUCUACUUGAACACAUACCGCCUGUAUACCCGUUCAGAGAAACCGUUGCAUAAAAGACUGGCCGCAUGGGGUUUCCAGCAGUUUCGCAAGCUUCCCGCCGUUCGUCGCCGAAUCGAGCAAGAGCUUGAGAAGCCAAAGAUGGAGAUUCUUGAAAGCAUUCACAAGGACGACACUGAUCGGCACUUUUAUGCAGCCAUUCCGGAAGACGCAUUGUCGAGCGAUCAAGUCUUGGAUUUGGCUAGCAAGUACGACGAUUACGGCAAAUUUGACGUUGCCCACGGCAAAGUGAGCGGUGCUGUGUACACAGAUCGAACCGAUGAUCACUUGGACUUGUUGGCCAAGGUUUAUAGAAAAUAUGCGUACAGCAACCCGCUGCAUCCGGAUGUUUUCCCGGGUGUCCGUAAGAUGGAGGCCGAAGUGAUUAGGAUGGUGAUCAGCCUCUACCAUGGUCCGGAAGACAGCUCGGGUUCGAUGACUACUGGUGGAACGGAAAGUAUCGUUUUGGCUUGCUUCGCCUACCGGAACCGCGCCUACGCUCUUGGUAAUGAUGACCCAGUCAUCCUAUGCCCGAUAACUGCUCAUGCUGCUUUUGACAAGGCUGCCAACCUUUGCGGAAUGCGCAUCCAGCACGUGCCCGUCGAUGAGAAUCAGCGUGUCGAUGUGAAGGCUAUGGAGCGGUUGAUUGGCCGUCAUACGUGCAUGCUCGUCGGCUCGGCCCCCAAUUUCCCAUCCGGCACCGUGGAUCCGAUUCCCGAGAUUGCCAAGCUCGGCGUCAAGUACGGUAUCCCGGUGCACGUUGACGCCUGCCUCGGCGGAUUCCUCGUUCCAUUCAUGAAGGAGGCCGGCUUUCCGUUGCCCGUCUUCGAUUUUGGAAACCCGGGCGUUACGAGCAUCUCCUGCGACACUCAUAAGUAUGGCUGCACGCCGAAGGGCUCGUCGAUCGUGAUGUACCGUAGCCACGAAUUGCACCACUACCAAUAUUUCUCGAUCCCAGAAUGGGCGGGCGGCAUCUACGCGACACCGACCAUUUGUGGAAGCCGCGCUGGUGCGAAUGCUGCUGUUGCCUGGGCCACACUGCUGUCGUUUGGCCGACAGAAUUAUAUCACCCGCUGCAGAAAGAUUGUUGAAAGUGCUAAACGGUUGGCUGACGGUAUCCGUCUGAUUCCUGGACUCGAGCUUCACGGAUCUCCCGACGUCUCCGUCGUUGCUUUCAAAUCGACGGUCUUCAACGUAUACGCCGUCGCCGAUCGGAUGACGAAGAAGGGCUAUUCCCUCAACGCUCUGCAAAACCCCGAUUCUGUGCACAUUUGCACGACGUUCAACCAUGCGGACAGCGGGAAGAUUGACGCCAUUUUGGGGGAUUUGCGGGCUGUCUGCCAGGAGGUGAACAGCCUCCCCGACAAGGGCAACGGCAGCGCUACGGCGGCUCUCUACGGUCUGGCUGCCGGCAUCCCGGACAAGACGCUGGUCGACGAGAUGACGGCCGCCUACAUGGAUGCGUGCUACGCGGCUCCACCGAAGCAC